AUGACUGAACUCGAAGAACAUCCGCGACGGCAAAACCGCUGUUUGGCGGGUAUGGGGAAAAUAACGGCCUUUCAAAGCCCUGCCCCUAGCAGGAGGUGUCUUUCCGUAGCUACUCCACCCGAUGGACGUCACUCCCGUGCCUUUCUGAAGCACUAUCCUCAUCCCGAUCCCCGCCUAGAUCCGAGCCCGGCGUUUCCUGGCCAUUUGAUUUCUCUCUGGUGGCCAUUCCCCAUACGCUGACGGAAUCCGACGAUUUUCGGCGGGCGCUCCCCGCACUCCAAGCUCGACAUCGUCGGUUGUGGGUUGAACCUGUUAUAGGACUAUCGAGAAUCGGACCGCACAGCAAAUGCAUGUAGUACUACUCGUAGUCGCCCGUUCAUGAAGCACCGUGAUCAUGGGUGCGUACCGCUUUUCUCGCUACGACGCCCAAGAUAACGACGGAGGACGGCCCGCAGCAGCAGCAGCAGCCGCCAUCCGCAAGCCGCGUCCAGCAACCGCCGCCGCCUGUCGCGGCGACGACGCAGAAUCUCGAGAGACAGUCCUGAUUCCGGUCGCCUCUUGUUCGUCGUGCCAUGGGUGGUGGCCUUCCGAGCGCAGCACGCCACGCGUGCCUCGGGCUCCUCCUGUGACGCUUGAUGCGUCUCAAGAGCCUGCGCGUCGUCACGGCAGCACCACCCCGCCCUGUGGAGGAAGGACACGCCGUCUAGCUUUGCCCGUGGUUGCUGUGCUGCCGCUGCUGCCGCUGCUGCUGGUGCUGCAGCUACACUGUAUGCGCUGGCGGUGCGCCGUGGCGCAAUCCACACUGAACGACGAGGACUGGCCGGCGAUGAAGGAGGUGAAGGAGACGCUGUCGUUCUCAGGGCGGGACACGUGGGUGCAGAACGCCAGGUGCUUGGACAUGACCGGCGUCACGUGCGACGCCAGUGGCUAUGUCACCCGCCUGAAAGUGCCAGACUUCUCUGGCUCUCUCCCUGCAGCCAUUGGGGACCUCAUUCAUCUAGAAUACCUGUUCUGUGUGUCAGACAGCCUCACAGGGUCCCUCCCAGACGCCAUCUCCAAGCUUGUCAACCUGCAAACGCUAGUGCUGCCAUCAACGGGCAUAUCAGGGAACAUACCCAAAGGCAUUGGCAGCUUGGUCAGCCUCGUGUACCUCAACCUGUACGGCACGGCCAUUGAUGGCUCCAUCCCUUCCUCAAUCGGUCGGCUCUAUGGCCUCCAGACACUCAAUCUGGCGUACACAGGCCUCUCAGGGAGCCUGCCUGAGAAGUUUGGCGGGCUGUCUGACCUCGCAACGCUGUCUCUGUCGGCCACUGGCAUCUCUGGCUCGCUCCCCGCAUCCAUCAGCAAACUAGUUAGCCUCACACUUCUCGAGUGCCAGAAGUGUGCGCUGUCAGGGUCCCUGCCUGCUGCCAUGGGCUCCCUGGGGAACCUGCAGUACCUCAAUCUGAACAUGAAUUACCUCAGUGGACCGCUGCCCACCGCGAUGAGCGGAAUGACGCUCCUGCAAACACUCAAGCUAUCCAAUAAUGCCAUCAACGGGUCUCUGCCUGACACCAUUGGCAGGCUCACUGCUCUCACGUGGGCUGAGCUAUCGAACAACGAGCUGAGUGGACCCCUACCUGACAGCAUCGGUGGACUCUCCAAUGUGCGCCAGCUCGCCAUGGAUCACAAUCUGCUGUCGGGCUCCUUGCCCCCCACCAUCAGCGACCUCGUCCAUCUCAGGGAACUCUAUCUGAGCUUCAACGAGUUCUUUGCCUCGCUGCCUGCGGAAAUCAGUGGCCUCUCCCAGCUGCAAAUGCUCAUCAUGUCCAACUGUGAGCUGGACGGCUCCCUGCCAUCACAGCUGGCUCUGCUUACCAGCCUCAACUACCUGGAUCUGAGCUUCAACUCCCUCUCCGGCUCGCUGCCCUCGCUGCUCGCCAAGCUCACCGACCUGGCCAACCUUGACCUCUCCCACAACCAGCUGUCUAGGUCCCUUCCCAAUGACCUUCUCCCCACCAACCUCCACCGCCUCGACCUGUGCUGCAAUCAAAUCUCUGGGCCCAUCCCCGACACCAUCGGGGGGCUGCUGCAGCUGGAGCACCUCGACCUCAGCUCGAACCGCUUCAGCGGCUCUCUACCCACUGAGAUGACAGCGCUCAUUCAACUCACUCUCCUCAACCUGCGCAGCAACCAGCUAACCGGCGCCGUGUUACAACCCAUCCCCCCGGCCAUGCAGCAGUACCAGCUGGACAACAACUACUUCUCCUCCGCCUUCCCUUCCCAGCCGCCCUGCCCCGACGGUGCCAUUGUCACCACGCGCAGCAACUGCGCGGUGGGGAAGGAUGGGAGUACCGCCGCGCCCUCCUUCUCGUGCCCGCCGGGGGGGGCGGACCCCCAGAGGAGGCCGGAGGUGUGCCGGGCGUUCUGUGGGCUGACGAACGAGAGCCUGCCGUGCGGCGGGCACGGCGUGUGCUUCUUUGACGGGCCGAGUAGUGUGCCCACGUGCGCCUGUGACGAUGGGUUCACGAAUGGAGGCGUGGCGGGGUCGUGCGUGCCCGAUGAUGGCUCUCUCCCCUCCAUCAACACCACCUCAGACUCCUCCCCACCAUCCUCCCUCACCCUUAAGGGUUCGGCCUCCCUGCUGCCCAACGCCUCCGUGCUCCUGUCUCCCGCGCAGCCCUCCAACUGGGGCUCCGCCUUCCUCUCUCGUCCCAUCCGCCUCUUCUCCUUCGCCCUCCUCUCAUCGUCCUCCUGUGGCCGUCCCCUCCCAUUCUCCACCUCCUUCUCGUUUGCUAUUGCUGCUGCCGCUCCCUCUCAAGGCCCUCCCUCUGCUUCUGCUUCUGCUGCUCUGGCUUUUAUUGUCUCUGCAACCGGUGCUGUUGCUGGUGGCACGAGCAGCAGCAGCACCAGCGUGGCCUAUUUGCCUGCAUCAGAAAGGAGUGUGUCGGUUGUGUUCAGUGCCGCCACAAGUGCCAUUCAUCCCAAUGGCACUGUCUCCAUCCGAGUCAAGAGUACCAGCAGCGGGUUCACAUCUGUAGCCACAGCCACCGCCCCCACCCCUCUCAACGACGGCAUGCCACAGUACUCCUGGAUCGACUACACCCCUUCCGCCACGGCCGCUGCCGCUGCUGCCUCCCUGCGUGUCUUCCUCUCGUCCAAGCCGUCCCCUCGGCCCCCCAAGCCCGUCCUCUCUGCCAAGAUAUCCCUAUGCGGCCUCCUGAUGCCCACAGAGAUUGAAUCCGCGUUCUUCCUGGGCUUCGCUGCUGCCUCUGACAACCCCCCUGUGCAACUCAUGCUGCUGCAGUGGAGCAUUGCUGCAGGCCUCCAGAGCGUGCCUUUUGACUCAGCCUUCCCGCUGGGCUUCACUCUCUCCGACGACUCCCUCUCCCCCUCGGGAGCCAACCCUUAUUUCCGCUACGCCAGCGCUGGCGUGCUGCCCGUGCAUGCCAGCACAGGAGGAGGGGGAGGUGGCAGCAGCAGCAGCAGCAGCAGUGGCGGCGGCAACAUAGGCACGACCAAUGCACAAGAGGCAGAGGAGGAGGAGCCACAGGCGUGGCUGGUGUCCCCCGCAUCUUCCUGGUUCCGGCCAGACCUGCGGUGGCCAGUGAAGCAGCAGCUUGCAUCGUGCGGUGACUGCUGGGCGUACGCGGUGGUGGGGGCCAUCGAAGCCGCCUACAGCAUCCUGGCAAACCUGUCAGCGGCGCCGCUGCUGUCCGCUCCGCAGCUGCGUGCCUCAAUGCGCGCCGACUGCCAGGGGGGGUCGCCCUCCCACGCCUUCAGCUUCCUCCUCACCAGUAGCCGAAGUGGGAAGGGCGUGGGGGGCCUGGUGGAGGAGAAGGGCGCAGGGAAGGGGACAAAAGCUGCUUUUGGGUCGACUCAAAAGCAGGGUGCGGGGAAGGGGAAGGGGAAGGGGGCAGAGGUGGGGAGGAGGCUGCAGGGAGUAGGAGGGAGGUGGGGAGGUGGGGCGAGGAGGCAGCUGGCGGGGGGAGCAGGCAGCGGCAGCAGCAGUGGGCUGUGCUCGCCUGUGUUUGCGGCUCUGAGGAAGCUGUUUGGUAUCACGUGCAAGGGCGGUGUGCCUAUGGAGGCGAGGAAGAAGGCGUUUCACAUCAGCGGCUUCGAGCGCACGUCCUUCUACGGCUGGUUUGGGCUUCUGCUCGCUGUGCAGCGACAGCCCGUGGUGGUGCACAUUGAGGCAUCGGCUGAUUCCUUCAAGCAGUAUGAUGGGCUAUCAAAGUACCAGGACCCAGCCUGUUUCACGUACAACCUGAAUCACGUGGUGCUGCUGGUGGGGUACCGCCUGGUGGGGAGCGAUGACACUGCUCCCCACAUGGCUCCACCCUAUUGGAUCAUCCGCAACUCGUGGGGCGCGGAGUGGGGCGAUGGGGGCCACAUGCGCAUGGACAUCCAGGGGGGCGACGGGGUGUGCGGCAUCAACUCCCUGCCGGGCCUCUACCCCAUCGUCAAAUCAUCUCGUGACCCAUGCAACAGGCAGGCGCGCAAGGGUCCCCUGGGCCCUGUGCUGAACCCAUGUGGCAACUUCACGUGCCGGGUGGAGAGGGACUCCAACCGCUGCCACUGCAACGAUCCCCGCUUCGUGGAGGCCACCAAUGCUGACGGCUCGCGCACCUGCGCUUAUGUUGACGUGUGUCGGGCGUCGUACCGCAACCCGUGUGCGGUGGGCACGUGUGUGAAUGACGGGGCGGGGACGUACUCGUGUGUGUGUCCUCCGGGCUUCAGGCAGGGCACCACUGUGGAUGGCACCUUCUCCUGCGCUCCAGGCGACGCUGACAGCAGCUACACGGUUCUCUCCCUCGGCCUCACAUGUGCCGCCAUCCACCCCGUCUAUGGCCUCACUCUGCCGCAGUUCACCGCACAGAACCCGGAUGUGAGCUGCAGUGCCCCACUGCCAGUGGGCACGCGCGUCAAUGUCACUCCUCCCAACGGCCUCUCCCCGUGCUCCGUCUACUACACCACCGACCAGGGUGACAUGUGCCAAUCCCUGGCAGCCUACUUCCAGCUGACUCAUCAGUGCACUCCCAGCAGCACCCCGUGUGAGGCAGCCCUGCAGGCGCUAAACCCCGGGCUGGACUGUGACGGGGGGGAGGGGGGGGGGCAACUGCAGCCCAACCAGGUGGUGUGUGUGGAGCGCCGCAGAGGGGGGGUGGGAGAGGGCGCAGGGCAGGCCAUCCCAGUGUGCUCACAGUACUACCUGGUGCAGAGCGGUGAGACGUGCGAGUCCAUUCGCAACGUGCCCAACCCGCCUCUCUCCCCCGUUGACUUCUUCCGCCUCAACCCGGGCAUUCGCUGCUCGCGUCUCGUGCCUAAGACCUCGGCGGACAGUUUUACCGGGUUUGAGGCUUGCAUACAAAGCGAAACAAGCUACACUGCUGGCUCCUGCCCAUAUUCCAACUUCUAUUUGGUAACUAACAAUGAUCGGUGCAGCACUAUUCAAAUCAAGUAUUUCCGUGGCAUCAAGGGGUGCUACAAGAGAAUCAACGGCUAUGAUUGCUUGGACAAGCUGAAGCAAGGGACUCGUAUAUGUUUGCCUAAUAAGAAAAAGAUGAAAAGUGGCAGAUGUAGCGUCUAAAUGAAUAUGUGUCUAUUUAUAUGGCCGUGUGUGUCAACUUAUACAUAUUAUCUAUGUAGAAGUUAUAGGCUAGACUGAG